GAACAAAUUAUUCAGCACCACGGUUACGCAGAUUUUCAGUUAUUUCCCGGUUGGCUAUAAAUAGCAUCACAUUUAUAUGGCUCUAUGCUACUGUCCUGCAGGAUCACUUCUUUGACGACUGAAAACAAAUGCUUCAGGUUGUGAUUUACCUGCACAAAAUUUUAAAUCAACUUGUGACAUACAAGUACUUCUUCUGUAUCUCACCCUCAGACGCGCGAUAUGUAUCGUAUUGUGACCGUUCCGUAUCGUUACACUUCUGUCGUUCAUGCUUUUGAAUACUUCUCUAUCCCUACAGGUAGCUGGUCACGCAGAUGUCAAUAGACACGAGUAUUUAUGUGGGAGGGUUAAGGAGGGACGUGUCUCAUCCAGAGCUGAGAGAGCAUCUAAUCGAUCUCUUCGCUUGCUUCAACUUCCACGUCCAAAGAAGACACAUAUUGAUCAUCAACACGAGUUCAGACUACCGCUUUGCAUUUGUUGAUCUGCAAGAUGUCGGAAAAGUCAACAUUGCUCUUCACUUCCUGAGUUCCCGAAGCAGCCAACAGCAUGUUUCGUUUGACUUCACCUUAAUAAAAGAUCCAAACAAUAAUCUCAUCGUCGAACAAAGGAGACGACCAAACAAACCCAGGAAUCAAAUAGUCGACUUAAGAGACGAUGGCGCUGACAAUGGCAGGGGUACACGGGUCCCAAUGGCUGAUGCAGUCAGAGAGCCUCCGGUCCCAAGUUCAAGUCAUCAGGACAGUCAUGCACAAACAUCAACCACGAGUCUGGCGACACAAAUCUCCCCAAACCCAAUAUCACCACCUCUUGGAAAUGGCAGCGGUACACGGGUCUCAGUGGCCGAUGCAGUCAGAGAGCCUCCGGUCCCAAGUUCAAGUCAUCAGGACAGUCAUGCACAAACAUCCACCACGAGUCUGGCGACACAAACCUCCUCAAACCCAAUAUCACCACCUCUUGAAAAUGCACAGCUGCUCUCCUCAACUACAUCAGUGAGUUUUCUGGGUCGCGAUGCACCCGAGCGUUUUUGUAAUUACAGAGACAUUUUAGAGAAUCGGAUUGCUGAGAUUACACAGGGACACUACCCGUCUCCUGAAUAUGUUGGGAAGUCUGUCUGUGCCUUUCUCAACACAAAUGGUGGGACAUUGUUCAUUGGGGAAGAUAAUCAUGGCAAUGUAGUUGGCGUGGUGGGUGACCAAGAAGAAGAGGACAGACAACGCCUGACGAUAAAUCAAGUAAUCGAGUCCAUCACGCCACCAGUGCUGUCAGACUUGUACAGCAUCGACUUUGUACCAGUUCUGAAUGAAAGCGAAUCUUUCACCUCCAAUCGAAAAGUCAUAGAGGUGAAGGUGAAGGACCCGGGUGAUCAUGGUGACCUGUACCUAUACCUCGGUGACCCCUUCAUUCAUCGGGAUGGCAGCGUUCAGAUGAUGGAAGCCAAUGAAAGACAACAAUGGGAGAGACAGGUGAAGAGGUUCCAGGAGAGUCAGGAUGAAGUCAUGGCGCAGCAAAUGGAAAUGGAUGAGAAGCUGAACCUACAGAGCAGGAACCUAGACCUUAUGAGACGGAAUCUAGACCUUGAGAGGCGGAACCUAGAGCUUGAGAUGCGGAGACGAACGUCCACAGUGUGUUCUGUCAUGUAGCCUCCAGUCACGUCUUGUGCAGAUGAUCGACCGCCUCCGUGGUCCAGUGGUAGAGUGUCCGCCCGGAGAGCGGAAGAUCCCCGGCCGCGUCAUACCAAAAGACGUU